GCGCGUCAUCUCUCUCUCGACGGCAACAACGUUAAGCAUCUUCUCAAGAACACAAAUUGAAUCAAACCCAUCAAAACCCAUCACAAAUGCGUUCAUUUUCCAUAUCAAUUCCGUCGGAAUCCUAAACCCAGAAGAAUCUUUAUGCACUGAUGAACGAACCUCGAAGAACACGAUCAAUCCUUCUUACCCAAUAAUCAAUCUCCAAUAUAUUCACAAUGGGAAGCGAAAAUCGAAAUCAACUUCCUCCCGUUCGUGGCUUGAUUGUCGGUAACUACUGCCACGAUGUUCUAAUUCGAGAUGAUGCCGUAAUCGCCGAGAGCCUCGGCGGUGCAGCUUCAUUCAUCUCCACCGUGCUUGACGGCGUUUCCGUUUCAAUUUCCUCUUCGUAUGUAUCGAAAGUUGGAAGUGAUUUCUCUUAUUCUGUUAUGCAUGCCCCGAUUGUAUCGCCUUCUUCGUUAACUACUCUUUUCCAUGCCUAUUUCUCAUCCGUUUCAACUGAGCGGCAGGAUCGUAUUCUCAAACGGGUCCGCGCAUGCGAUCCGAUUCUUCCAUCUGACCUUCCUUCAUCGAGUUUUAGUUUCGGGAUGGCUGUUGGGGUUGCUGGGGAGAUAUUACCGGAAACCCUAGAACGAAUGAUUGAUUUAUGCGACGUCGUUUUUGCUGAUAUUCAAGCACUUAUUCGUGAAUUUGAUCCGAUUGAUGGGACAGUGAAGCUAGUUCCUUUAAAGAAUACUGGGUUUUAUAGCUUGCUUCCUAGAAUUGGGUUUUUGAAGGCUUCGGCUGAGGAAGCUCCUUUUGUUGAUGUUGAUGAGGUUAGGAAAUUAUGUUGUGUGAUUGUGACUAAUGGGAAAGAUGGGUGUACUGUGUAUUGGAAAGAUGGUGAGCAUAGGAUUGCACCUUUUCCUACUGCUCAGAUUGAUCCAACCGGUGCUGGUGAUAGCUUUCUUGGUGGCUUUACAGCCGGGCUUGUUCAGGGACUUUCUGUGGCGGAUGCUGCAUUGGUAGGCAACUUGUUUGGUUCUCUUACGGUAGAUCAUAUUGGACUUCCCAAGCUCGACUUGAAACUGUUACAGAGGAUUAAAGAAGAAUUGGUGAAAAGGAAAAUGGGAUGCAGUGAAGUUCAUGAAAAGCAACUUGACAAGUUUGCAAAACCAUCAGGACACCAACAGUUUCACACAUCCCUUAGUGCUGUAAAAUCAAUAAAAUCAGAAUCGGCCAAUUGAUUUUAGGAAGGUAAAUGACAGGCGAUCUAUGACGAAGCAAUUCAAUCGGGCAAUGUGAAUCAUUCUUGAGUUAGGUAUCAUGAUGUUCCCUUCGAUUGGGCAAUGAGAAUCAUAGUUGAGGUGUCUUGAUGUUCCUUCUUCCUCUUUCUUUUUUACUAUAGAUCUUGGAACUAUCUGUUUUAGGUCUUAAUUCUAAAUUAAUAAAGACAUUUCAGUAUAUGAAAUGAUGUUAUAUAUUAUUCUUAAUCUAAACAAUAUCUAAGUUUUA